GUCUGGUCAAGUGUUACAGCAUGUUUUGUUCACAAAGUACGCUUGUAUUUCUUUUGGUUGUUUGCAACAGCUAGUGCAUUACGUGAAAAUAAACACUUGAGUUUGCUGAACAAUGAAGAAGCCGACAUAGGAUCUAGUGACUAUCGAUUGCCUCCUGUAUCGGAGCCUCUGUACUACGACUUGUAUCUUGAUAUGACGAAUGAUAGUUUCACCAGUUAUAGUGGGACAGUCGACAUAACUAUUAAGUACACCGGCAAUGGGUCAAGCUUUUCGUUUAAUAGUGUGAAUUUGGUGAUAAAUGAGACGAGUGUUCGUGUAACGCGUGUAGAUGGAACCGAAGUUCCAUUGAAAUCGUUAAUCAUCUCACGGCAAUUCGAGCAACUGCACUUUGAGGAAGACGAAAUGCUAGAAACGGAUGCAUCCUAUAAGGUACAUUUAGGUUUUACUGGCCAGAUCAAAACGGACUUUUUCAAAGGAAUUUACCGCAGCAGCUAUUGGGUGGGAAGUGAAACUAAAUACCUAGCAACGACAUUCUUGGCCGCUACCUACGCCCGGUCCGUGUUCCCUUGCUACGAUGAACCUGCCUACAAAGCAAGAUUUAAUGUCAAAAUUCGACAUCUGUCGCACCAUACGGCUUUGUCGAAUAUGCCGGUAACAAACAGCUUGCAGUUUGAUGGAUACAGCGAAACCACCUUCGACACCACACCCCUCAUGUCGACCUACCUGGUGGCAUUUGUCGUGUCCGAGAUGAAAACAUUAUCUUCCGACCAGGAGCUUUUCCGAGUGUUUGCCCCCGAAAACAAGGUAAACGAUACGAUUUAUGCUCAUGACUUUGCGGUGCGCGCAGUUCGAGCGCUUGAAACCCAUUUCGGUCGGCAGAACAAGAUGCCAAAAAUAGAUCUUGUUGGCAUUCCUGAUUUCGCAAUGGGCGCCAUGGAGAACUGGGGACUGAUAACGUUCCGGGAGGAUUAUUUAAUCUACGAAGGCGAAGAAGUAACAACGGCCUUCGCAAAACAAAGGAUUGCUUCAGUCAUAACACAUGAGUUGGUGCACAUGUGGUUCGGCAACGAGGUUACACCGGAAUGGUGGACUUAUGUUUGGUUAAAUGAGGGCUUUGCCAAUUUAUUUGAGUACUACAUUACAUCACAGCUAGAGCCUUCGUGGAUGUUUUGGGAACAAUUUGUUCUGAGCAAUGUACAUACGGCACUAUCGAAAGAUUGCCACAGUUCAGCCCGGGCGAUGAAUUACUACGCAACAGAUCCAGCAAUCCUUAAUGAGCUGUACGAUUAUGUAGUGUAUGACAAGAGUGCUUCGGUUAUACGAAUGAUGCAGAGCGUUAUCGGGAUCGAUACCUUCCGACAGGCUAUCAACGAUUAUUUACGAUCACGGAGCUAUCUGUCCACCAGACCAGAGUAUCUCUACACAAGCAUUGAAAAGUUCCGCACAGUCGAUCUUCCGGCUAGUGUAGAAGCGAUCUUCGAAAGCUGGGCUAACGCACCGGGCUAUCCCGUCGUAACGGUGACAGUCGAUCGUACCAAGCGUACACUGACAGCAUCCCAGAAGCGCUUUUGGAUGCCAAACGAGGUAGUUGCUGCACCGGAAAAUAAGCUCUUCUACAUUCCGCUGAACUAUGCUUCCAGUGUGUCCUCCUCGAGCACCUUCGAGGAUACGGCUCCAACAUUCUGGUUGACACCGACAGAGCCUACCACAACCAUUUCCAUCGAGAGCGGUAUCGAGUGGCUUGUAGUGAACAAACAGCAGACGGGAUACUAUCGUGUGAACUACGACGAGGAGAGCUGGCACAAGCUGAUCACGGUGUUGAAUAGCGAUCGUUUCGAUGAGCUUGUUCCAGUGAUAAAUCGAGCACAACUUGUAGACGAUGUGGCGAAUCUAGCCCGCGCAGGAGAGGUCGGCUACGAUGUGGCACUAUCACUGAUGCAAUAUCUCGAACGAGAAACGGAGUUCGUUCCAUGGGGUACAGCGUACACUGCAUUGCUGCAUCUUGACCAGAUGUUUUCAAGCAACAAGGAAUACAUUCGUUUUGAAAGCUUUGGACGAUCCAUAACCUCGCACGUCUUCAACAAUACGAUGGGUGCUGAAGGUACUCACCUGAAUCGUUUGCAUCGCGACAAUUCCGUCUAUUUGGCAUGUUAUUUUGGUGUACCGGCGUGUUUGAAGAUGGCAACCGAUACGGUACAGGCAGCACUUCGCGAAGAUACGUUAACCAUGCCUAAAGAGCUACAAUCAGCAGUGUUUUGCGCGUUGCACAAGCACGAAUUACCCGUUGAGGGAGACUACGGUAUAGAGCUUUUAUCCAAGUUCUGGCAAGCGACGGAUCAAUAUCAACAGUUGAUCGAUAUGUUCAUCGGCGCUCCCGUAGACGUGGAAAGGAUUCCAACUGCUCGUGAUUCGCAUGAUGACAAUCGUUACCUGUUGCAAAGAGUGUCAGAACCCAUUUCCUACGAUUUGUUCCUUGACAUCACCAAUUACUAUUUUUAUUCGUAUUCCGGAACUGUGGAGAUCAAGUUUCGCUACAUUGGCGAUCAGAACCAUUUCUAUCUGCACAGCGAUGGACUGGUGAUUGAGGAAAGCAGCGUUAAGGUGACGCGUCCGGACGAUACCAAUCUACCAGUUGCUAACCUGAUCCACAUGGAACAAUUUGAGCAAAUUUAUUUCGGAUUUGGGGAACGACUGCAAACAGGAGAGGUCUACAAGAUUCAAAUUAGUUUUCUCAACAGUAUUGGUACUGAAUUGAAGGGGCUGUACAGAAGCAGCUACGUCAUUGGUAAUACAACGAGAUAUCUAGCAACAACUCACUUUGAAUCCACAUACGCCCGAAGUGUAUUCCCGUGCUACGAUGAGCCAGCGUACAAGGCUACCUUCAAGGUACGAAUAAGACACCGUCCCGAGUAUACUGCUCUAUCCAACAUGCCCGUAUAUAACAGUACCACGGUGGGUGAUUAUACGGAAACAACUUUUGACACUACGCCUGAAAUGUCUACGUAUUUGCUGGCGUUUGUCAUCUCGGAUUUCAAAACGAUAUCGCAAGAGACGGAUCGGUUCAGAAUUUUUGCUGCAGAACACAAGGUAUCCCACACGGAGUACGCGUUGGAGUUUCUUGGAAAGUCUUUGCGAACCCUGGAAACAUUAUUCGGUCACCAAUACCAGCUGCCAAAGGUAGAUCUCAUCGCUAUACCAGAUUUCGCGAUGGGUGCCAUGGAGAACUGGGGCCUUAUAACGUUCCGAGAGCAGUAUCUGAUUUACGAAGAAGGUGUAACGACGGCCCGUACAAAACAAAACAUUGCUGAUCUAAUCACGCAUGAGCUAACUCACAUGUGGUUCGGCAACGAGGUUACUCCAGACUGGUGGACAUACCUGUGGUUAAGCGAGGGCUUUGCCAGAUACUUCGAAUAUUACGUCACAUCGCAGCUUGAGCCCAGCUGGAAUCUUUGGGAACAAUUCAUCGUGAACAAUGUGCAUUCGGCACUAUCCCAAGAUUGUUUCGCCCAUAAUCGAAUGAUGAGCUAUUACGCCACGGAUCCCGCAAUUCUGAACGAUCUGUUUGAUUACGUGGUCUAUGCCAAGAGUGCUUCGGUUAUACGAAUGAUACAGAACGUAAUCGGAUUCGAUACCUUCAGACAGGCUCUCAACGAUUAUUUACGAUCACGGAGCUAUCUCACCACCAAACCAGAAUACCUCUACACAAGCAUUGAAAAGUUCCGCACUGUCGAUCUUCCGGCUAGUGUAGAAGCGAUCUUCGAAAGCUGGGCUAACGCACCGGGCUAUCCCGUCGUAACGGUUACAGUCGAUCGUACCAAGCGUACACUGACAGCUUCCCAGAAGCGCUUUUGGAUGCCAAACGAAGUAGAGACUGCACCGGAAAAUAAACUUUUCUACAUUCCGCUGAACUAUGCUUCCAGUGUGUCCUCCUCGAGCACCUUCGAGGAUACGGCUCCAACAUUCUGGUUGACACCGACAGAGCCUACCACAACCAUUUCCAUCGAGAGCGGUAUCGAGUGGCUUGUAGUGAACAAACAGCAGACGGGAUACUAUCGUGUGAACUACGACGAGGAGAGCUGGCACAAGCUGAUCACGGUGUUGAAUAGCGAUCGUUUCGAUGAGCUUGUUCCAGUGAUAAAUCGAGCACAACUUGUAGACGAUGUGGCGAAUCUAGCCCGUGCAGGAGAGGUCGGCUACAAUGUGGCACUAUCACUGAUGCAAUAUCUCGAACGAGAAACGGAGUACAUUCCAUGGAGCACAGCCUACAACGCUUUGCUGUUCCUGGAUAGAAUGUACUCUGGGGCAAUGCAGUAUGAACGAUUGGCAAGCUUUAUUCGUUCAAUUACUGGAUGCAUGUACGAAAACAUCUUACUAACUGGACCGAUGGAUCACAUUAGUAGACUUCAUCGUGGGAACACCGUUUAUCUCGCAUGCUAUUCUGGGGUGCAAACAUGUUUGGUUGAUGCAAAUGCCCUAGCCACGAAAGCUGUUGAAGAUCCCACGUACACCAUUCCUGAGGAAGUGCAACCUGCAGUGUUUUGUGCGCUGCACAAGUAUCCAGUUGCAGCACUCAACGUGCAGAGGGAUUUAUUCGAGCGAUAUGUACAAUCCGCCAAGACUCCUCAGCAGUUGGAGAUGGUUAACCGGUUUCUCACAAGCAUUGGGUGUGCUCAGAAUGAAACCGACUUGGAGUACUACCUGGCGCUGACGUCGUACAACUACCCCGGUCUGCCAAUAACUGCCGAGCAAAGGAAUAAAAUCUACCUCGGUCUAAUCACUGGUAGCCCGACAACGCGCUUGACCGCAUUACGCUACAUGCACGAACAUUUUUCCACCGUCACGUACUUGCUGACCUCCGUAACCUCGAUCUUCACAGAAUUGGGUAAUCGCAUUAAUUCUCGCCUGCAGUACGAAAUGCUGAAAAACAUUGUGGACGAGUAUGGAGCUACGUUGUCUACCUCAGCAAGAGCAGCUGCAGAUGCAGCCCUUGUGCAAGCGAACCAGAAUAUUCAGUGGGUUGAAAAGCACUCGGAACAUAUAACCUCUUGGCUGGUGGAGAAAGAGUACGAGGGAACAACUGAGAAGCCUCCCGGUGGUGGAACGGUGGUCCAUUCGGUCGGCAUGUUAGCUGCAUUCGGAAGUACGCUAAUCCUGCUUGCGUCGCACGCAAUAUUGCUUUAAAAAUGCUAUUGGAAGCUAUUGUGCGACAUGGUUUUAUUUUGGGAACAUUAGAAUAAAACAUUGUGUUUACAUUGGUUAAUCACUGUUUAAGU